AUGAGCAAUACAACUCGAACCUCUUCUUCUGAUCCAAAAAACGAUCCUGUGGUGCUGUGGCUUCAAGGCGGACCUGGUGCGACAUCUCUUUGGGCGCUCGUCUACCAAAAUGGGCCCUUCAAAAUCCACAACAACAAAAUUUUAUCAAUACGUCAGUACAGUUACAGCAGCAAUCAUAACCUGAUUUACAUCGACAGUCCAGUUGGCAACCCUCUGUUCAUCAGCGGUGAAUGUUACGCUGGGAAAUACAUCCCUGCCUUUUCGUACCUGAUCCACCAGAAGAACCCCACUGCUAAGAUCAAAAUCAACCUGAAAGGUCUUAUCGUCGGCAACGGGUUCGUGGACCCCAUCAGUCAAAUGCACUUUGGGAACCACUUGCACGAAAUCGGACUGCUGGACCUGAACGGCAAGGUUCGCUUUAACUUGUACGAAGAGAAAAUACGGUCCUUGAUUAAAAGCAAUCAACUCACAACCGCUUUAGAGGUUCCCAAUGAACUCCUCUUCAACUUCCCUUCUGUGCUUUCAAUUCUAACAGGGUUCAAAAGCUACCUUUUCAAUUAUUUGGACAACCAAAAUUCAGAUGACUGGGAUGCUUUGGUGGACUGGAUUCAGCGUCCUGAUGUUCGAGCUGCUAUUCAUGUUAGCUAUGACACUCCUUUCAAGAUAAUUAACCCAAUAAUCCUGAAAUACUUGCAGCAUGAGUUUAUGAAAUCGGAGGCUGAUAAGAUAGCUGCGCUGCUUCCUGAAUACAGGGUUAUCUUUUAUAAUGGGCAACUGGAUAUGAUUAUUCCUUAUUCUUCUAUAGAGACUGCUUUGCUAAAUUUACAGUGGGAAGGAGGUGAUGAGUUCAAAAAAGCUUCUAGAAGUGUUUGGUGGAGUGGUGAUGAGUUAGCGGGUUAUGUUACGAAAGUGUGGAAUCUAAAUUUUGUAUUAAUUCGUAAUGCUGGACAUGCUUCUGGAGUUUAUCAACCGAAGUGGGUUUUAGAAAUGAUCACUCAAUUUACUCAUAAUUGA